AUGUGGAUCCGAUUGCUCACUUGGCUCACCCUUCUUCUAAUGUGCCUGCCAGUCAACGGAUUCCACUAUCAAGCACGGCUAGAGAAACGGCGGAUAGGUCUACGACUCCCCAAUAUUCUACACAUCAAGCCUCUACCCCACCACGAGAUGGAAAAGCGGAGAAUCGGCCUCCGUCUCCCAAACAUCAUCUACCUGAGACCGGAUCAGGAGAAGAAGAGCAUUUUCUGG